AUGGAGACAGCACAGGAUCAUGCGAAGAAGCGGAAGAGAAAGCACAAAAGCUCUGAAGGGAAGAGCGCAAAGUCGCAGCAGCAGCAGCAGAUAGAAGCAGAAACACCUACCAAGAAACAAAAGGUCGACCAGCACGACGACGAUGACGAGGAGGUUGAAGCCGAAGACUCAGCAACUGAGAACGGCGUCGAGACCGAAAAGGAUGUGCCGGCCUUGCCCUCUGCGGAUACAAUGGCUCUCCCCACACAGGAGGCCGUAUCAAACAAAUUCAGCGACCUCUCCCUCUCAGAGCCGACGGUUAAGGCGAUAGCCGGCAUGGGCUUCACUACCAUGACGGAGAUACAGCAGCGAGGUAUUCCGCCUUCGUUGGCGGGUAGGGAUAUCCUGGGAGCAGCGAAGACGGGCUCAGGAAAGACGCUGGCCUUUUUGAUACCUGCCGUGGAGAUAUUGCGGUCGUUGAAGUUCAAGCCUAGAAAUGGAACUGGUGCGCUUAUUAUCACGCCUACGCGAGAGCUGGCGCUACAAAUCUUUGGUGUUGCGAGGGAGCUGAUGGAGCACCAUUCGCAGACUUACGGGGUCGUCAUUGGCGGCGCAAACAGGAGGGCUGAGGCAGAGAAGCUGAAUAAGGGUGUUAAUGUGCUGAUUGGAACUCCGGGUCGUCUGCUGGACCAUCUGCGGUCGACUGAGGGGUUUGUCUUUAAGAAUCUCAAAACUCUUGUCAUUGACGAGGCAGACCGAAUUCUCGAGGUUGGUUUCGAGGAUGAACUGCGGCAGAUCAUCUCAAUCCUGCCCAAAGACGACAGACAAACGAUGCUGUUCUCCGCUACACAGACCACCAAGGUCGAGGAUCUUGCACGUAUAUCCCUGAAGCCUGGCCCGCUGUAUAUCAACGUCGACCAUAAGAAGGAGCACAGCACGGUAGACGGUGUGGAGCAAGGGUUUAUCAUCUGCGAAGCCCACAAGCGGUUCCUGCUGCUCUUUUCGUUCCUGAAGAAGAAUGCCAAGAAGAAGAUUAUUGUCUUCUUUUCCAGCUGUAACUCUGUCAAGUAUUACUCGGAGCUGUUGAAUUACAUCGACUUGCCGGUGCUGAGUCUGCAUGGGAAGCUGAAGCAGCAGAAGCGGACGAACACGUUCUUUGAGUUCUGCAACUCUGCUCAGGGCACGCUUAUCUGCACGGACGUUGCUGCUAGAGGGUUGGACAUCCCAGCAGUCGACUACAUUGUCCAGCUUGAUCCUCCAGAUGAUCCGCGAGACUAUAUCCACAGAGUCGGCCGAACGGCCCGAGGCAAGGGCAAGGUUGGACGAAGCUUGAUGUUCCUACAGCCGUCGGAGGUGGGCUUCAUCAACCAUCUACGAGAGGCUCGUGUUCCCGUGGUGGAAUUCGAGUUCCCUACCAAACACAUCAUCAACAUCCAGUCGCAGCUUGAGAAGCUCAUCAGCCAAAACUACUACCUCAACCAGUCGGCGAAAGAAGGAUACAGGUCGUAUCUACAUGCGUAUGCGUCGCACUCUCUGCGGUCAGUGUUUGACGUGAACAAGCUUGACCUGGUGAAGGUGGCCAAGAGCUACGGCUUCACGACGCCGCCGCGAGUCGACAUUGCUCUGGGAGCGAGCAUGAGCCGGGACAAGAAGGUGCAGGGCCGGAGGACAUAUGGCAGCCAGCCGAAGGGAGCGAGCUUUAAGCGGAAGCACGACGACAACUGA